GGUGUGCGACGUCUUGUGUCCAGAAUUUAAAUAUCAAAAAUAAAAGUGCCAGCUCUACCACACACGAGAGCACACUAGUCCGCGUACACAACGAAGAAGAAUAAAAAAAGAGGGUGACCUGCAGUCAUGACACAACAGGAGCCACCAUGCCGCGAUGAACUGCAUUACAACACGCCACUGCUGAGAGAUUGAAGAUGCUGCUGUUGCUCCUGCUCCUCACGAGCGUUUCCCAGCAUGCUCUGGCUGUGGUGGUGGAGGUAUAUGAGGGGGAGACUUCUGUCCUCUUGCACUAUGUUUACAAAGGUUCGAUACCUGAGGACAAUCCCACAGUGAUGUGGACUCGCAGUGACCUCAAUCCCAAAUCUGUCCACCUACAAGGAAAAGGAGGAGACGAUCUUAAAGGGCAAAACCAGCGCUACAGUGGGCGCACAUCAAUGAGUCGUUAUGCAUUAAACACAAAAGACUUCAGCCUCACUCUGAGGAAACCCAAACUGACUGACAGCGGCAUUUACACCUGUUCCAUCAGUGCUGGAGGAGGAGAACAGAGACUGAGUGACAUCCAGCUGCAGGUCAAAGAUCAUCACGUGGAGGUGAAGGUGGAGGAAGGCUCAGAGUCUGUCACCCUGCAUUGCAAAACAACACCUGACCUGCCUGAGAACACCAGAGUGGAGUGGACUCGCUCUGACCAUGAACUCUUGAUAGUUCAGGAGUAUUCAAACAAAGGUGGCAAACUUAUGAAACAGGACAAGUUUUACAGAGACCGAACAGAAAUGAAUGAAGACCUGCUGAAAACUUCAGUCUGACCCUGAAACAGCCCACAGAGAGAGACACAGGAGGAUACAUCUGCACCAUCUACAGGGACAAAGACAUCCUGAGACA